AAAACUACGGAGGGGAGUGGUGGUGAGGAGAACUCCUCGGAGUGUUGAGCGGGCUCCAGCGGAGCGCUGUUGUGGCGGCGCUGUCCCGCUUCCCCUUCCGGCCUGGCAGCGCCUCCCCUUCCUUCCCGCCCGCUGCGCGCGCUUUCCAAAGGCGGCGGCGGGAGGCUGCCCUGAGGAGCCGGGCCGGCGGGGACGGGGUUCUACCGCUCUUGAAGUGAGCUGAACAUGAUAGCUUGAAGGAACAAAUAGUCUGAAGUAACUGAGAUUUCCCGUUCUCUCCUAAGUACCGACACAGAGAAAGCUGAUUUGUAUCGGGGACAAUUUUUCACUAACUUCAUCCUCGGUUUUGUAUUCAACGCCAUACACUGAACAGCGAAAUGUCCUCAAAGAAGAAAACAAAGAAGAAUCAUACCAGCUAUAAGCUAGAGAAGCACAAAGCUGACUCCAAUCUUCGCUGGAAAUCACUUCCUCUCGAGGAACCGGAUGUCUCAAGGAUAUUGAAGGUGGCAGAAACAAAUCAACUUGAGGAGCUUGAUGAGUCCUUUGAUCACCCUUUGCACAGUACUGCUGUGGAUGCUUAUGGAGAGGAACAUUCACAAAAUGAGGCACCUGGUCGUGUUUCAGCACCUCAAAAGCAAAAUACAGACAGACGUAAAAAGCCACGUCACUCAAAGCCCUCCAGUGAUGAAGUUCAGGAAUUCAACACAGUUGAUGCUGGAGAGAAACCCCUUAAGGAGACUGAGAAAACUCUGAAAACUACUCAAUGCCAGGCAAAAAAGGAGCAGUCUCCAGAGGAGAACACAUCAGAUCCUUCUGUGGAUAGCCCACAUUCUGUGCAGGUUUGGUGUCCCAAAGAGCUGAAGAGAUCUCCUAGAGACAUUACAGAACUGGAUGUUGUUCUGGCUGAAGUUGAGAAGAUAGCAACGAAUUACAGACAAAGCAUAGAAUCAAAGAUUUGCAGAAAGGCUAUCAGUGACUUUUCUUCUGCUUUCAAGGAUCAAAUCACUGAUCUUAUAGCAGGAGUCCAGGAAUUAAAGAAUAUGAAGAAAAAAAAUGCUAAGGCAAUAACCAACAUCAAAAAGAAAAGGCAGCAACUGGUGCAAGUCAGAGAAGAGCUAAUUGGAGCUGAACCGCAACUGACACAACUACAAAGAGAAUAUGCUGAGUUACAGGAAAGGAAAUCUUCCUUGAGGCAAACAAUUGAAUUAAUUACUGAUUUAGAGGAGCUACAGCAAGACUGUUUGGAUUACAGAGAAGAAAACCCAAAAGAAAAACUGGUAUAUGGAACGUCCAGCCUCCCUGCUCUUCUGGUGGAGUCUCGGAGGAUUCUAGGAGCAGAAAGGCACUUUGAGAGUAUCAAUAUGAAACUUGAAGAGGCUCUGGCUGUACAAAAAGAGCAGAAAUCAAAGAAAAAUUAAGUGUCCUUUUAAGACUUUCAGACAUUCAGUGGGAACAGUUAUUAGAAGUGUCAGUGCUUAAAGCUUGUUUAAUCAUUGUUAUUCUAUUUUGUUUCAGUGUUUAAAAGAAGUCAGCAGCUUAGAGAUUGUAUCUUUUUAUUGUCAAAUAGUCUCAGAA